ACUUCCUUCGAAAAUUAGCCAACAUGGCGGCGUAACGCUACGGUGUGUUGUUGUAGUCAGUAGCUAACGCACAUCUAGCUAAUUAUCUUCAAACGAACAGAUUUAAUAACCAGUGUAUACGCAUUUCUGAUAGUGGAGAUUAGUGGUCGUCGGAGUGUUGUUGUUUUCGCGGUUACAGUCAGGAAAAAAAUGAACUACACGACGAAGGUUGUCCAGGUGACCAAUGUGUCGCCGAGCACGACGUCGGAGCAGAUGAGGACGCUCUUCGGUUUUCUGGGAACCAUCGAGGACCUGAAGUUAUUUCCACCAGAUGAUUCUCCGAUGCCAGUGACUUCGCGGGUUUGCUUCGUGAAGUUCCAGGAGCCAGAGUCCGUCGGAGUGUCUCAACAUCUGACUAACACCGUGUUUGUGGACAGGGCGCUGAUCGUGGUCCCGUUUGCCGAAGGAUCUAUUCCAGACGAGGCUAAAGCUUUGUCGCUGUUGGCGCCGGCAAAUGCUGUUGCAGGAAUUCUUCCAGGAGGAGGCCUUCUCCCUACGCCGAGCCCCAUCCCCAAUGCAUCUCUUGCAGCCAACCCCUUCGGUGGUCCCAACAUGGAUGCAAUGGCAGCAUUCGGAUUCCCUGGAGCUGGUAUGAAUCCACAGGCUGCCGAUCAGCUGUUAAAGUUCAUGACAGAUCCGAAGCUGAACCCCCUGGCUGUUGGCUUAAACCUGAAUCCCGGCCUGAAGGCCGACACAUCUAAUAAAGAGAUCGAAGAAGCCAUGAAGAGAGUCCGGGAGGCCCAGUCUCUCAUUUCAGCUGCGAUUGAACCUGGACAUAAGGACAGCAAAAAGAAGCGCUCCCGGUCCAGGUCCAGGUCGAGAAGGAGGAGGUCCAGGUCGCGUUCAAAACACAGGCGGACCAGGAGCAAGUCGAGGCGCCGAUCAGGAUCCAGAAGCAGGAGGCGCUCCAAAAGCCCUCGUAGGAGAAGAACCCGCUCCAGAGAAAGAAUCAGGCGCUCGAGAAGCAGAUCCAGAGAAAGAAAAAAGGAUGAUUCAGGGAGAAGAAGAUCUAAAACGCCACCGAAAAGCUACAGCACAGCCAGGAGGUCACGCAGUGUGAGCCGGAGACGCAGGAGAAGUCGCUCCGGCAGUCGAUCUCCUAAGAAGUCUCCAAAAAAGAGAAUCUCUCGGUCUCCAUCUCCCCGAAGACACAAGAAGGAAAAGAAGCGAGACAAGGAGAGGGACAGGGACCGUAGGAGUGAUAAGGAGCGCACCCGGGACGACAGAGAACGCUCCACCAGCAAGAAAAAGAAAAGUAAAGACAAAGACCGGGAGCGAGAGCGGGAACGUGAGCGCGAGCGAGAGCGUGAAAGGAAAUCCGACGGAGAGAAAGGCGACGUUAAGAUCACCAGGGAUUACGACGAAGAGGAGCAGGGCUACGACAGCGAGAAGGAGAGGGAGGACAGGAAGGAUUCAGACGACUCAGCCUUGUCUCCUCGGUCCGUGGAAGGUAACGGGACGGCGCGGCUAGCGAAGCAGGGCAAAGUCAACGGUGCCGACGAUCACCAGGAAGAGGACAUGGACGUCAGCGACUGACUGGUGCCUCCUCCUUUUCCCACCUUAUCCCUCCAUUUUGAUUGUGAACACACUUCGACUUUUCCCCCCCGACGGGGUAAUAUCUUAAAUGUGAAGUGCUUCUGAGGCAUCGGUUUAUUUCACGUAAGUCUGCUCCUUAGUAAUAUAUGUAGUGAAGAAUUGUUUUCCCAUUUUAGUGUCACCUUUUCUGAGCCGCUACGGAUGUUAUCGUUCAAAACUGGAAUUAAGCUUCGCUUUUCUUGACCUUGCGUUAUCGGUUUCUCUUAUAUUCACAUAAUGUUUCCAAAAUCUUUGCUUUGUGUUGUGAUGCUCAGUUCUCUUCUCACUACCUUAUCAGAACAGUUACGGUAUUUUCCCUCUUGUUGUCUGAAAGCAUUGAUUGUUUUAUUAAGGAUUUCUUUUAUAUAAUAAAACCCAUUUGGAAAACA